GCCGCCGCACGCCCGGCGCCGGCAGCAGGGCGGAGCGGGACGAGCGCGGCGGCGGCCGCGACGAUGUGGGGCGGAGGCAGGGCGGCCCGCGCCCUCACCCGCGCCCUCGGGCGCCGGCGGGCGGCGGCGGCGGCGGGCGAUGACCAUGCUGAUCUGUCUUUUCAGACAGGCCUGAGAGGUGCCCUUCAGAACUAUAACUGGAAAAUACAGAUGAAAUCCAGCGGUACUCUGCCUGUCUCUCCAACUGAAAUGAAAAGCAGUAUGCUCACCAUGAAGAGACUUUUCAGCACUUCACACUCAUCAGUGGAUUCAAAGGAAAUGAAAAAAUUCCAGCUCCUCGCACAUAAGUGGUGGGAUGAAGAAGGAGAAUUCUCAGCCCUUCAUUCUAUGAAUGAUAUUAGAGUGCCAUUUAUUAGAGAUACUCUGUUGAACAUGAGUAGUAAUUAUCAUUUGGGAAAUCCACUUUCUGGAGUAAAGAUUCUCGAUGUUGGCUGCGGUGGUGGACUGUUAAGCGAGCCUCUAGGUAGACUGGGAGCUUCAGUUACUGGAAUUGAUCCUCUGGAGGACAACAUUAGAACAGCAGAUCAGCACAAGUCAUUUGAUCCGGUCCUGGCCAAGAGAAUACAGUACAAGUCCAGUUCACUGGAGGAGAUUGUGGAAGAGUCUAUGGAAACCUUUGAUGUAAUUGUAGCUUCUGAAGUAGUGGAGCAUGUGGCUGACCUUGAAGCGUUUAUCAAGUGUUGCUCUCUGGUGUUAAAGCCUGAAGGUUCUUUGUUCAUUACUACAAUCAAUAAAACACAGCUGUCCUAUGUCCUGGGAAUUGUGGUUGCAGAAAAAAUAAUAGGCAUUGUACCAGAAGGAACACAUGAGUGGGAGAAGUUUGUUCCCCCCGAAGAGCUGGAGCGCCUCCUGGAAUCAAAUGGCUUUUCAGUCAAGACUGUGAAUGGGAUGUUGUAUAACCCCCUCUCGGGGUCGUGGAGCUGGAUGGAAAGCACGAGCGUGAACUAUGCGAUGCAUGCGGUGAAAUCCGGGGCUCGGGCACAGUCCAGCCCCACAGACGCCCUGUCAGAGAUGGAAAGCGAACAGCCCUCAGCCACAGCUGGCACUACCGUGUGACAGUCUGAGAUGGGUGGUGAUGGACUGCCACCAGGAACAGCAAAGAAGGUUUUACCCAGGUGGACACAAUAAAACCUUUUUUAACAACAAGCUUACCAUUUGCAUUAAUAAUGCUUAUGCUAUUUUUGGCCAAAUAUUUUAGGGCAGUCUCAGAAAAAAACCAGUGCCCAUUAUCUCAGGAAUAAUUUAAGAUUGAAAUGAGCAAUGCUUUUAAAGAGUAAGUAUUCUUAUAAAAAAGUGGUUUUGAAUUGUUGGACAGGGAAAUGCAAAUUAUUCUGUCAGUAGCUGGGAGGAAGCUCUUAUAUGUGAUGGCAUUUUCAGUCCUACUAGGAAAACUCAGAUCUCCAUAGAAUAAUAGCUUAAAUGUAGAAUGAGUUUAAAAACACAAUAGUGUAUAAUAAAUAAAAUGCCUUAGAUAUUUAAGUUACCGAACUGAGUCAGUUAAAAUAUAGAAAACACUUUAAAAACCGCAAACACUUGUUUCUAUAUUAUGCCUUCUCCCUGAGAGGAGGAAAAAAACCAUAGAGAGCUGCGAACCUUUUCUGUCAGGUCGUGCUAUUUCUACAGUUGACGUGAGCUAACUGUGCAGGGGUGGAAGAAGGAUCUCCUAGACCAGAGUGCCUUAGCUGGCAGAAGUCUUUUCACCAUAAAGGUACUUGUAUCUGUGCCUAUUAUUUCAAAUUUCUCGCUCUACCCAAAUGAAGGGAAGUAAAGUUGCAGGUAGAAUUUUACUGAGCAGCCAGAGUUUUAUGCUAGAAAAACGAUGCAUUAUCAGUCUGUCCUAGAAUUGAAGUUAGAUACCUGCUCACUCUCAAGUCCUAGUGCCAGGUUAAGGAAAAGCGUUGAUCUGCAAUGAAAUAGGACUUUCUCAAUAAAAUGUCUUGUGUAUAUCCAUGGCAGUAUCUCUUUCCUUCUCUCCUCUUCCUCGCAGCUUGUAUACAGGUAGAGAGGUGGGCUGGACGUGUUUUUUCUAACUUUUAGUUUGCAGGGAUUAAAAGUAAACUUUUUUUCUUUCUUUUUUUUUUUUUUGCGGGGCGGGGGGUGGUGGUUCAGGGGCUGUGUGGAUUUUUUUUGCUACCACUGCAUUUUUCUUGCUGUAGAGGUUUGGUGGGCUAAAUUAUUGUAUUACAGAUCUGCGUUCUUGCAGGUUUGCUGCACCUGCAUGAUGCCCUGGGAUCCAAUUUCGUGAUGGAUCUGAUGAUGCACGGAAGAAUAUAGUUAAUUUAUAAUGCAAAUAAUAGUAAUUCAUACGUAUUAAGACUGAAAAGGGUUGUCUAGUGUGAUCAUUUCCAUGACAGUAAAUUCUGCUUUAUAAUACCUGUUUGGGCUGUAUUUUGGCUUUGGGAAGAAGAUUCAUCUUCAUGUAAAGAGUUGAGUGAUGGAGAAGCCACUAUGUCGAUAAGUAAAUUGUUCCAAAAGUUCAUCAGUUGAAGUGGUCUAACCUCAGAUCCCAGCCAGUGUUGUCUUAACGUCUUAUAUUUUUAGGUUAAGGACCUCUCUGCUAUCAGCUUUCUCUGUCUUGUAAAUCUAGCUGGUGUAGUUUCAAGUCAAGUCACCCCUUAAUUUUAGAUAAAUGGACUCUACAGCUGCUUACUGCUGCGGUGUAAGUUCGUAUAAAAUUUUGUGGUAAACACCCUUUUUGAAGCAUGCUGGUGGAAAUGGACACAGCAUUUCAGUAGCGGUCUCACUAAUGCUGUCUGCAGGAGGGACGAUGUCGUUCUGCUUCUGCCUGAUCUUCUUUUGCACAGGCAUUUGCUCCAUCGGUCACGCGUGCAAAGCAGCAUGCAGUGUUGGGGAGAGGCGUGACACCGGGAAAAAUGUGGAGCCAGAGCACAUAACCAGCAGGCUUUGUUCCCAGCAGGGCACGUGGGGAGCUGAAUUUUCCCACUGUCGAGGACUAGUGCCAGCCAGGAGGUAAGCAGUGGGAGCCCAAGGCCAGGGAGAAGGUGGGGCAGAACAGCCCCAUGAGGCUUUUAGGUUGGCUCAACUUGUCUGGUGGAACAGCACUUUCAGAUAAUAAUUGAAAAAUGAAUUUAACUCAAGCCCAAUUUGGGUAGUCUGAGAGCCUCAGAGGAGAUUUGCAUUUAAUUUCCUUUUAAAAUAAAAACAGAACUUGAAGUUUCCAUGACGUCCUGUUACACUGUCUCAUUCCCCAUUGUUCCCUGGAGGUCAAGUGACGUUUCGUAGCCAUUUUUGCAGGACUUUUUACAUUUUCUUUACAUAUGUUUCCACAAACAGCCGGUGUCAGGUUUGUAGGGAAUGGAAUAAAGGAGGGAGAAAGUAGUGGGAAAGGAAAUCUGUAGUGGCUGUGAGUAGAGAUAAGAAUAUCUUGUAAAAAGUUUUUCUGAAAAUGGCUUCUCAAUUUCUUUCAUUAUGUUGAAGUCUCAGCUUUAAUUAAAAAAAAAAGGUAGCUUAUUUUCCACACGCUUCUAAGAAAUGCUUGAAUGGAAUAAUCACAUGCAGUCUAGAGGUUCAGAAGCCAAAAGGCGCAGCUUCUCUAAUUAGCUAGCCUGAUGAAGCAGACUGGAAAAG